GUUACCGGCAUUCUUAUGGCUGAUACAGCACGUCGCGGCUUCACCCUGCUCCCUGCACUCUACUGCGCUGAGCCAACAUAGCAGAAAGGGCAGAAGAAGAGAGGUGGCCAUGAAGCUACUCUCUCCUUCAAGGUUCUGCAAUUCCUUUCCUUCUCCACUACCUCAUAAUCUUUCCGUCAAAUUCAGCUCCAUCUCUUUCUCCUCAUUUCAAUUCUCUCCUCCGCCAUGUAUUUCUCAUUCCAUAUCUUCUCAUACUCGUAAUCAUAGUUAUAAUGCAAGAAUCAGAAGAAGAAGAAACAUUUUCAUUGGAAGCUGCACCACUAGUAGUAAAAACGUGGAAUUGGAAUCAAAAUCAUCCGAUUCUAACGGUGAUUCCUCGUCAACGCCGGAUUUUGAUUGCGUGGGGACAGGCCUAGAUGUGGAGUGCCUUGUCUCUUCUUCUCCCUCCUCCGAAACCAAUGGGACAAUGUUCGUGGUGGAAGGAGGAGGAGGAGGAGACGAAUCGAAAAGUGAUUUAUUGGAAAUGAUGGUGGAGACGGGAGUUUUGGUGUCGCCGUUCUUCUUUUGGGGCACGGCUAUGGUGGCUAUGAAGGAGGUAUUGCCUUUGGUUGGUCCCUUCUUUGUGGCUGCUUUUCGGCUUAUUCCUGCUGGCUUACUUUUGGUUGCAUUUGCUGCGUCCAAAGGUAGGCCUCUGCCUUCUGGAUUCACUGCUUGGCUCUCCAUCGCUCUCUUCGGCCUUGUUGAUGCCGCUUGUUUCCAGGGAUUUCUUGCUGAGGGAUUGCAGAGGACAUCUGCGGGUCUAGGCAGUGUUAUAAUUGACUCACAACCUCUGACAGUGGCUGUACUUGCAGCCUUGUUAUUUGGUGAAUCCAUUGGGUUGGUUGGAGUGGCAGGCCUUGUACUUGGUGUAAUAGGACUUAUACUUCUUGAGUUACCUGCUCUUGCUAUUGAUGAGAGUAAUUUUUCUUUGUGGGGAAGUGGAGAAUGGUGGAUGCUUCUUGCAGCUCAAAGCAUGGCAGUAGGCACAGUCAUGGUCCGCUGGGUUACUAAGUACUCUGAUCCUGUUAUGGCAACUGGAUGGCAUAUGGUUAUUGGUGGUAUCCCUCUUGUGGUGAUCUCAAUUCUCAAUCAUGAUCCUGCCUUCAGUGGGAGCCUUAAGGAACUGACAGGAAGUGAUAUAUUGGCACUUCUUUAUACCUCUAUUUUUGGAAGUGCUAUUAGUUAUGGGGUAUACUUCUACAGUGCAACAAAAGGUAGCCUAACAAAGCUCAGUUCUCUCACUUUUUUAACCCCGAUGUUUGCUUCAAUUUUUGGGUUUCUAUAUCUUGGUGAGACCUUCUCACCUUCGCAACUGGUUGGCGCUAUUGUUACUUUGAUUGCAAUCUACAUGGUCAAUUAUCGUGACAGUACUGAAUGAAAUAUUUUGCCAAUGUAUAACAUGAAAGGGUAGAAAGUACUGAUAGUCAGGCUUGCCUCAUGAUUCUCAAGACACAGACAUGUUUGUAGCAUGUAUUUACAAUCAAGGUGAUUACAAGAGAUCGAAGUAUGUGUCCUAUUGGCUUCCUAGAAAUGCCAUGAAUAGGAGUUGAUUCUAAGUGACAGCUAUUAUGUCAAGUGUCAACUGGGCUGCUCCUUGAUUGCAUGAAACUUUCUCAGUUCGAGACCGGCUCGCGACAUCGCUUGUUCUCAGGUUGAAUUCAGUUUUUUCUAGUCCACCUCUAAGCAGAGAAGCACAUAGAAUUAAUCUUAUUUCUAUGUCACAUGUAUAUAGGUGAAUUCUAAUAUAACAUAGUUUUGUCAAAGUAAACUAUACUGAUUAAAUAGCCCCCCUGGAUGAUUAAAGAUGAGCCCACUGUGGUGGAGAAAGCAUAGUAACGAACUCAGGUCACCCAUGCACUUGCACUAGGCCUUAUCUGUAUAGUUUAAUAUUUCUUCUUUUGUCAGAAAUUUGUAAUAUAGCAAAAUCUUUGGAAUACCAUUUGUUUCAAGUAAUGGGAUCAAAAUUUCUGGUUGA